CGUCCCGUCUGUCUUUGAACACGUCCGAUAGAACUUAUUAGGAGGACGGCCUCUGGUCUCCCCUCUCGCGACAGUGUCGAGCUACGUCGAUUCUAGCCAGCUGAACUCGCACGCACACCGGCUCGCCAAGCAUAUAUACCUGGCUAACGCCGAAAAAACUUGGCCAGUCGCGCACGACGCCUGUCACCACGCUACACGCGCCGCGAUUUUCUUUCCCGCGCAACAUAAUUUUCCCUCCGAACCUCUCCAGCCCUUGCUUUCUUCUCCUUUCGAAAGAAAGGUUCUUUGGUGGAAGAAAAUUGCUAGAAGAAAAUUGCAAAUCUGCAUUUAGAUAUCGGGGAUUAGGAAACGAAAAGAUAUGACAUUACGGAUCGUUGGCGAAGAGUAAGUACGAUUGAGUAUUCGUCGAUUCGAGGAGUUCGAUCUUUUUGAAUCUUGCUCUCGAAUCACUCGGCAAAGUGAUAACAAAAAUUCGAGAAAUUCAACCGACAAAGAAUAAGAAAGAGAGUGGAAACAGAAGCGGAUCUACGUGUACCGAAGAUCAUCCGCCGAUCUAUUAUAUUGUGCUAAUGGAUCGAUAAAUCGUACCGUGUGACAGUCGCCAAUAAAUUGUUAUCUCCAGCGAGAUUGCCAGUGUUUGUAAAAAAGGUAAAUAAGAUAGGGGAAGAGACUCGAAAUAUUCAUCGAAGUUUUUAAAGAGGGCCGAAUCGGAAGAGGAUGUGAGAUUAACUGCAAGUUGCUCAUAGAUCGAACCUCUCUAUCCUCUCGACGGUGAAAACCACGAGUCGCCGACAGUUUGUCUCUGUUUUUCAUUUUUCCGACUGGAAGCCUGGAAUUGAGAUACACACACACCAUGGAGAAAAAUACGAAAGAAGAAUACGCCGGAAAUCCUAUGCAGGAGUUUAACAGCAGUACGAAAAUAGCCAGCGUCGCAAUUGAAGAAUUCAACGAGAAGAACGAACUGUACAAUCCCUUCGAACACCGUGACAAGAAGAACAGCAACUCAGAUUUCGGCGCUCUGGCUAACUUGCUGAAAUCGUCGCUUGGUACCGGGAUCCUAGCCAUGCCGAACGCGAUUAAGAACGGCGGGGUGCUGUUCGGUGGAAUCGGUACGAUAAUAAUUGGUUUAGUAUGCGCGCAUUGCGUUCACGUACUGGUUCGUUCGUCGCACGUGCUAUGCAGGAAAACGAAAACGCCGCAGAUGACGUACGCCGAGACGGCGGAGGCUGCGUUCCUCAACGGCCCGAAAACGUUGAGGCCCUUCAGCAACGCGAGUCGAAGGUUCGUAAAUGCUGCACUGGCUGCGACUCACGGGGGCGGCUCGUGCGUCUACGUGGUAUUCGUGGCGACCUCGAUUAAACAGAUAGUCGACUACUACAGCGGCGUGGACAUACCGAUACGCUUGUACAUACUUACGUUGGUUCCCGCGGUCUUGUUGCUGGGACAAAUUCGAAGCUUGAAGUACAUGGCGCCGUUCUCCAUGGUAGCCAACGUCUCCAUAAUAAUCGGCUUCGUUAUAAUCCUUUAUUACGUCUUCAACGGGAUUCAAAUACCGCAGGACGUGAAGCUGGUGGCGUCUGUCGGCCAGUGGCCUAAUUUCUUCGCCACUGUCCUGUUCGCCAUCGAGGGCAUCGGUGUCGUGAUGCCUGUAGAAAAUAGCAUGCAGAAUCCGCAACACUUUCUCGGUUGCCCGAGCGUGUUGAACAUAUCGAUGAGCGUGGUGGUGUCCUUGUACGCUGUGAUAGGUGUGUUCGGUUAUUUGAAGUACGGGGAAGGGGUCAGGGCGAGUAUCACGCUGAACAUACCGGUGGAAGAAAUUCCGGGACAGCUAGUGAAGCUGCUUGUCGCUUUAGCGGUGUUGUUUACCUACGGAUUGCAACUGUUCGUGCCGCUGGAUAUCAUUUUGAGAGUGGUGAAGGAAAGAUGCAGCUAUAAGUAUCAAAACAUUGCUGAGACAUUAUUGAGGCUAGGCAUCGCUUUAUUAACAAUUGCUGUGGCGUGUCUAAUUCCAAACCUCGACCCUUUCAUAUCGCUGGUCGGCUCAAUAUUCUUCUCCAUCCUCGGCGUCACAAUCCCAGCAAUCAUCGAAACGAUUUCAUGCUGGGACGGUCACUUGGGCCGGUACAAGUGGAGACUCUGGAAGAACUCUGUGCUUGUGAUAUUUUCUGUUUUGGCGCUAGUAUUCGGUUCGUGGGUCUCCAUCUUGGAAAUAAUACAAAUGUAUCGCUAGUAAUAGUCGAUUCGUACGUACGUGGGAGAAAGACUUUUUCACACUUUGUCUCCAAUCAAGCCGAGCGAUCUCAGAGUUCAAGUGAAUUGUAUAAAUCGAGAAAUCCCGAGUUAAUUCGGGUCAGUACGGCUGGUUAAAAUACACGGGUCAAUAUUGUACCUGCCCGAGUUUACUCAAUUAUUUAGAGUUUUCCUUUAUUUACGUGAACGCGUUACAAAACAGUUGUAAAAAGAAUCGAAAUGAAAAAGUUUAGUAGAUAAGAUUUAUUUCUAAUACGUUCGUUUUUGUGCACGGUGGAAUGGCACGUGUGUUAUAUUUUAGUAAGAAAAUUAUUUUCUUUUUCCUUUUAAGACAUUGUUGAAUAUUUGUACAAUCAUCGCAACACAGUUAUUAUUAACGUAAGCCACAUUGUUGUAGCGUAUCUAUUUUUAAGAGUAUUUGUGUACAUUGUGUACAUAUUUAUUUCAACCUUGUAUUUGAGAGUUUUAAUAAUUUAAGCAUUUUUAUGAAAUCGCGAAGCAUAAUAAUUAAUGGAAAGAAUUGGGAAGAAUAUAUGAAUGAAUUACGCAUUAUACGUAUUAUACUGUAAAUAUUAAAGUUAAAGAUGCAAUUUAUUUUUUCCCAAAUUGUGCAAAAUUGACAUAAUGUGCUUUGAUACAAAUUUACCAAUUUAGCGUUCUUAUCGUUAAUGUAGUGAUGGCCGGAUUUUAAAUUAUAGUAAAUUUCUACAAAACAGAGUGAUAAACUGUCAUUCAUUUGCUCGUGUAAAUAAAAGAGAAAUUUUCUUGCCUAUUUCUACAAGUCUGAAUAAAUAAUUUACAAUUGGUAUUACUAAUCAAGUCUAACAAAAAUGAAAAAGUGACUAUUACUAUAUUAAUUUGUAGAAGUGAUAGAAAUUGUAAAUUUAGUGCCACUGUAUAUAACGUUAAACCUAUUAUACAUUUUUUUUAAAUCAUUUGUGUACCGAUCAUUGAAUACAAGUUACUAAAUUAUUACAAAUCUUUGGUUAUACGAACGUUUUAUAAUGAACUGAUAAAAAAUAUUUAAACAUUUACCUGCAAAAGCAAUACUGAAGAGUGUCAAACUCUAGAAAAAGUCAAACUACUAAUGAUUUUUGUAUACGCUCAUGCAUGCAAGAGUCUCUGCGUGUUAUUAUCCGAUUGUGAAUUUGACGAUAUUAAUAACGAUUCUGCGAAUGUUGGUCCUAUUUUACGUUUUGUGCAACUGCAGUAAAGCAGUGCCACGAAAGUCAAAUGAAUUCCAAUCAUCAAAGGAACUAUACUUAAAUAUCGCAAAACAUUUAGUAGACGAAUUGUCUGAUAGGUGAAUCCUAUAACAGCUAACGACGGCGCAUUUCCCUGUAAAAUAUUUAUUAGACAAUUAGUUCGUCUAUUGAAAUGAUUUGAGAGAAGUUGUGAUUAUACUUUGAUAUACAUUUUGAUACGAUUUGUAACAAAAGAUUGUAAAUUAACGCUUGUUUGUAAAACGCUACUCGACCGUUUUGUCAAAAUUUGACGACAAAAGAUUAGAUUUUUUUUUAAGU